GCUCGGCUGAACUAUGUUCUCACUAAUUCUGUGCAGAGAUGCGGGCCGCUGCUGUGCUCGCUGCUUGACGUUCGUCGGCGUUGCUGCCGUAGUUGCUUUGGCCACCGUCGCCGUCCUUAUCAUUCUCGGGGUAGUGAACAUCAAGGUGCACUACGUGACAUCCGAGGCCAGGAAGGGCGAUGAGAACGUGACCAGCUCUUCUUCAAGCCAGAGCGCCAAGCCGCAUCCAAGCGCCGAGAGCAGCAGUGCGUACGUCGAGGCGGACACGCGGACGGAACCGAGAGGACGCAGCCCGGGAGACGAGCACAUCCCGGAUCCUCGCUUCUGAGGACAAUCUGUGCUCGACAUGACUGCGAUCUACGGACGCUCAAUUUGCAGUUUGGCGUACAAGUUUACGAG